CGCCAACCAGUUCCUCACCAUAGAUCCAUACGGGCACACUCCCCACAAAUCAGCACCGCCGCAUCCCCCGUCCCACGCAAACCCGCGACGGAGAGAAUGGCGAGCGCGGGGAGGAACCAGCGCCGGCGGGCGGAGGAGGCGCCGGGGGCGGGCCUGGACGACCUGAUGUCGCUCCCGCCGGAGAUGCUCAACGAGAUCCUCGCUCGGCUCCCCUUCGAGGAGCUGGUCCGCACCUGCCGCCUCUCCCGCGCCUGGCGCCGCCGCUGGGAAUCCGUCCCCGGCCUCGACAUCCAGUUCGACGACCCGUGGUCCGACGCCGCGCCCGACGCCCGCGCCCUGUGGCGAUGCUCCGCGCCCGUCGGCGGCUUCACCGCCCUCGUCCGCAUGGGCCACUUCCACCGCGCCGCCCGCUGGCUCCUAGCCCUGGCGCGCAAGCGCGUCCAGAAGCUCGUCCCCAGGUUCGACUACCCCGACUCGGCCCCCGUCGUCGGCCCCGCCCUCUUCUCCUGCGCCGCGCUCACCGACCUCGAGCUCUACGGCUACUGCCACCUGCCGCGCGCCCCGCCGGGCUUCCAAGGCUUCCCCAACCUCGUCACCCUCGUCCUCGACAACCUGCUCCUCCGUCUCCCCGGCGCCGCGGCGCAGCUCCAGCGCCUCAUCUCCUCGGCGCCCGGCCUCAGGGAGCUCUCGCUGCACAACCUGAAAGCCGGCAGGGCCCGGGCUGGCCUCGAAAUCUGCGCCAUCCGGGCGCCCAGCCUCCGUAUCCUCAGGCUCUUCAUCUCCAUCUUCCUCGACAACGGAUGCCGGCUCGCGGAGGACCUCCAGUUGCUGGAGGUGGCGUCCAUCUCCAUCGAUGCACUGUUAGGGACCCCAGCCUUCGUCGACACUUUUCGACAGAUUUCUAAUGUCAAUACGCUUUUCUUCUACACCGACUCAAAACAGAUUAAAGGAAAUCCGCUGGAAGGGAUUUCAUGGAAGUUUAAGAACUUGAGGUUUGCAGAGCUGACUGCAAUUUUGGCAAACUCCCAAGCAUCAGGUCGAUAUUUUCUUUGCUGAGAUUUGGCCCUCACCUUGAAGAACUCCAGAUUUUGGCAGAGAAUCGUUCCGACCUAUUCAAAAAUCUAGAUCCUGCUGCGCUAGAUGAUGCUGUCCGUGCUGACACCAUUGAUCAGGAUAUUCUUGAUGCAGAGAUAAGCGAUGACUUGUUUGCCAAUCUCAAACACAUCUCACUGCAUGGUAUGGGUUCCUUACGAAAUGACAUGUGGUUUAUGAAGUCUCUGCUAUCCAAGACAGGAUUGCUUGAAUCGUUUGUCGUCACUUUCAACUAUGGAGAAGAAACCGAAUCUUAUGUGGAAGCAUGUGAAGAGUUAGAAGCAUGCGAAAAGGCGUCCCCCCAAGCUCAGCUGGAACUAAGGCCUCGAAAAUUUCCAGCCUCAAACCUGGAGGACUCUCGAGUACUUUCAAAACUCCAAUCCUUUCAGUUGCUAACUGCUUAAACCAUGGAUGAAUAAAAGAUGUAGGUGUUGACUGUUGUCGUAUGAACCUCUAGCUUGUUUUCCUUUUUGAGGUGGAUUUGCACCAAUUUCCAUGUCUGUGACUGGUUGUUUCAGAUGCACAGAUGAACCAAGAUAUGGUACAUUUUGUAGAUCCCCAGAAGUGCCUCAUGUAGUUAUAUCAACUCUAUGAUAUGGCAGAAUGUUCAUAGACAGCAUUUAUUCAGUAAUGCUGAACUGAGCUCUUACGAAUGCCUUGCAAGCAGAAUUCUGCUUUCUUUUGCAGAUUGUAUAAUCCCUGUUGUGUUUACCGAUAGUCUACUAUGUUGGCAUUUCUGGUGUUGACAGACAACAGGAGAUACUGGUAACCAUCGUGCAUCUUUUGAGA